AUGUCAAAAGCCGCAGGAAACAUUGCCGAGUAUAUCAAGGACCAUAAAAUGAAGGGGGGAAUGUUCGACUCUCGUCAUGAUGCUGAUUAUGUUGAUUAUCGGUUCAAUUGGGAUGGAGAAAUUGGCGUCACUGGCAUACAGAGAUUGAAAGAAUAUGCAGACUCUUUUCAGCGUGACGUCCCCGACGAGCUAUUGCCGCAAUUCGAAGUACAAGAGCGCCGUUUGAAAGCUCUGUAUUCUCAAGUUGAACCUUUAAGAUCAGUAGAUCAGGUUCUUCUUGCGCAUGAUAUGAAAGACCCUAGUAAUAUCCUUCAACUAUAUCGGGCGGCUGUAGAUGAGCUGGAUAAGAAGUAUUUGGCUAUCAGAGCAGCAAGAGAAGAGCUUUGGUCCUUCGAUACUAAAGGCUGUCCUGGAGUUAUUCUGGAUGAGCUUGACAUGCAUUUGGUUGAGCCUGUGAAUUGGAAAGUCCAUGAAAAUAGGAAUUCUCCAUAUGACGACUUUCCUCGACUGCCAGACGGAUUUUACGACCACGAGAUCGAUUACGCAUGGGAACAUCAAAGACCUUGGUAUCCUGAAGAAAAUCUCAGAAAACUCUACGAAAACCUGCCCAACCCUCCAAGUUGA